AUGCACCAUCUCCGACCUCUGGUGCGUUUCAAAGCACUUAAAACCCCUUUUCCAUCUCCUCAGGUCUGCCGCUUCCUGAUGGCUGAGGAGCGAUCCUCGCUGGCCGAAACGCGGAUCUUGGCUGAAUGGGUGGAUCAUCGUCAUUUCGAGGAAAUCGACUCCACACAAAGCUUCAUCGAGAGGGAGCAUGAGUCCUUCAAUCAGGAGAAGCUUACUGCUGUGAGUGCAGACUUUCAAAGCGCUGGAAGGGGAACAGGAGAUCGAUCCUGGCAUGGCGAGAAGGCUCAAAGCAUCAUGGUGAGUUUCUUCUUUCGCUUCCCAGCCCACUGUGACAACGACUUCGUGAACUCCAAUGCGCCCAAUGUCACCAAAGUCUUGGCUGUCUCUGCGGUAGACACACUUGAAUGGGCCACAGAUCACACAUUUGGGAUCAAGUGGCCAAAUGAUGUAGUUUGCUCAGGUUGCAAGGUGGGUGGCAUUUUAGCCCGCGCUGUGCCCUUUAAUGGCCGUUUAGAAGGCAUCAUUGUGGGCAUUGGAAUCAAUGUGAACACAUCCCAAGAGGAAUUGGAUCGGAUCCGCCGCCCCGUGUGGCCGGCGGCCUCGCUGCUGACGCUCCACGGAGAGCGCUUCGACGUGCCGCGGCUGCGGCGAAAGCUGCUGGGAGGCUUCGCCAUGGAGCUGCAGAGGUUCUUCGCGGGUGGCUUCGCCGUGUUCCGAGAACGAGUCAACAGCCUCGAAGUCCUCAUGGGGACCAAGGUGUGGUUUCGAGCACAUGAGUCUGAUGAGUUCGAAGGUGUCUUCGAAGGCAUUCAGGAUGACGGGCUCAUAUUGCUUCGCCUAGCUGAUGGUGAGGUGAAAGCCUUUCCAUCUGGGGAAAUCAUCCCUGGUCCUGGAACAAAGUGA